AUGUGUACAAUUGUCCAUCCUUCCCUCAAUUUAGUUGUCAAGGCCACAAAGCCAGAGGUUGGGGCAGUUUUCAAUGAGACUGUCAACUUGCCAUGUGGUUUCAAGAAUCCUCAAGAAAUCAGCCUGGAAGACCUAGUGAUAUUUUGGCAAGGUGACAAAGGUGAUGUUCUGUAUGAGCUCUAUCGUGGAAGAGAGAAGCUAAUGCAUGUUCAUCCCAGCUACAUUAACCGCACCAAGUAUGAUCAGAGUACAUGGAUUUUAUAUCUCCUCAACGUUCAGAUUACGGACCAGGGGGAAUAUACAUGUUUUGUCCAACACCACAGUGUCAAAGGAUUAGUACUCAUCCAUCAGUUUUCUUUUCAGCUGUCUGUCUUUGCUCCUUUCAGUCAGCCUGAAAUAACACAACUUAACAAAACUGCAGAAAGUGGAGAUAUGUUGACUUUUUACUGCUCUUCUAAAGAAGGCUAUCCAGAGCCUCAGGAAAUUUACUGGAUAGUAGAGACUACAAACUCAACAAAAUAUCCUGGAGUUAUAUAUCUGUCCCAAGAUGAUACCAAUCAACUCUACCAUGUGACCACUAACCUUUCUCUACCAGUUACUGAUGCUACCACCUCCAUCAACAUCACCUGUUUUAUAAAGACCCAGGGGCCAGUGGAACUCCUUAUCUCCAAGACACAGUAUAUAGAGAUAAAACCCAAUGAAAAAUUGGAUGGAAACUUUCAGAUCUCAGGGAGAAAAAUUGCUAAAACUAUGGCCCUGAUCAUUGCGGUCGUGUUCGUGAUCAUUAUUAGAACGGUAGAAUUACUAGAGACCGUCCGCUCAGCCGGCAGCAAGCCGGCAGACAGCAGAGAACCCUCAAGAAGGCAGACGGAGGCUGGAGCUAAAGCCAGUCUUCCAAGAUCCAAGAGAAAAGCAUUCGUUCUGGGGUUCUUAGUGCUGGAAACCUCCGGUCCAGACCCAUUCCUCGGAUCCUCCCCAGCCAGAAAAACUGAAGGAACUGGCGCGGUUCAGCCCCCUGUGCGUGCAGUGGAGCCCUGGAACGGGGCGCCAGGGGAGACUUUUUUCAGAAGACAGACUGAGAAGAAACUGUUUCAAGUACCAACAUUUCCCCAACCCCAUCAGAUCCUCUUCCUCACUCUAGAGAAAAAUUUUGGUGUCGUGGUCCCCUUUGGCAGUCUGGUGAAGCCUAUAGACCCCUUCUCAGCAUAA